AUGUUUAAGUACAUAAUUCUUCUCACUCUCGCUAUGAACGCUGCCUCCGAGGCCUCCGUGCGGAUAUGUGAACCGAUAAAAGUGGCUAUGUGCAAGAACAUUGGAUACAAUCAGACUGGAAUGCCUAACUUAGCACGACAUACACUUCAAGCAGAUGCCGAUGUGACUCUGCAGACGUUCAGCCCCCUCGUACAAUAUGGUUGUUCAUCUCAGUUACAUCUGUUUUUGUGCUCCGUUUACGUUCCAAUGUGUACGGAUAAAGUCGCUCUUCCAAUCGGGCCGUGUAGAGGACUGUGUGAAAGCGUAUACUCAAGGUGUUAUCCAGUGCUGAGAGGGUUCGGUUUCCCGUGGCCAGCCGAGCUUGACUGUUCUCUAUUUCCAGUGGAAAAUAAUCAUGAGCACAUGUGUAUGGAGGGGCCUGGAGAAAGGACUCCAGUAGGAACAGUACCUCUCGAUACGAAUAGUGCUAGUAGGAGCGCUUGUAGAAGAUUAAUAAAACCUAAUAACUGGAUUUGGGUUAGGGGAACGGGACGAUGUGCCCAGUUUUGUGACGCUGAAGUGUUAUGGGAAGCUGGGGAGAGAAAGGCUGCCGAAGUGUGGCUUGCUACAUGGGCUGCGUUGAGUUUUGUGUGUUCCUUGGCGGCAGUGGUGGCUCAGUUAGCGUGUGGGGAUCGAGGGGGCUCUGGAGAGAGAGCCUUGGUAUUGGUCGCCCUCUGCAGGUGUGCUGCGGCAGCCGGUUGGGGAGUAAGAGCAGCGGCCGGUCGAACAGCAGCGGGCUGCGCUAAGGAUUCCACCUCACCAACCCGAAUGCUGCUUGCUCAUGACGGCUUGGCAAACCCCAACUGCGCUGUUGUAUUCAUGCUUCUAUAUUAUUUUGGAUUGGCUGCAUCUGUAUGGUAA